GACACAAAGAAUUGCUGUGACGAGCUUUUGUUUAUCGUCAGGUGCGGAUUUACGUUUCACACGAUUCAAAAAUUACAAGUCUAUGCGCUGGAGAAAGCUGUCGUGGCCAAAUUGACUUGCCUGUUGGAGCUCUUAUUGCAAAAGGGUUAAUGACAGUCACGUGUCGUUACGUGAAGCAAGAACGUGACAUCUUCGGCAAUGAAAAGUUGACCUUUUUCUCAAAUUAGAUGCUGACAUCGUCUGCUCUCAGUUUCAGUCCUGUAGGGGAAACAUCGAAUCUUCCGACACCUUGAAAGCGUGAGAAUAAAUAUCUAGCUGGUCUGUUUUGCAAACAAAAGAAUUGGAGCCAUUGGAAUCGCCGAAAAAAUCAAAAAUUUUGAGUGUUGCGUGCUUUGACAGCUUUACAAGUGGACAAGUGUAUCAUCCGCUUAACUUUAGCGCUGGAUUUUCUCCAACGCAAUGGAUUUCAUUUCCUGCGACGGAAGACCGGGAUUGAAAUGAUGAUUGAAAUUAGAGUAAAGCUCUUCAACUUGUUGUAGACAAGGUGUAUUGAAAAUAAGGCUACAACAAUGUCAACCCCAAAAGUAUCCUUUACGAAUCAUCAUUUAUUGGAAGCAGAGCUUUCACCGAAAGUAAAUAUUGCAAUGUCCACAGAAAAGCUUCCUGACAAUGGCAGUGACAACUACACUGGCGAGUCAUCAGGGGAAGAUGAGGUUGAUUGUGCUGUUGAAAAGAAUUUUGAUGCAGCAGUCUUUGAUGUUCUGAAGGUUCUACCAGAAGAGUUUGCUAAACAACUCACAAUUUUGGAUCUGGCUGUGUUCAAGGCAAUCAACCCUGAUGAACUAUCAGGAGUUGGCUGGACGAAGAAGCAAAAGGUUGAGCUUGCACCAAACAUUGUUGCAUUUACAAAGAGGUUUAACCAUGUCAGCUUUUGGGUGGUGAGAGAAAUCUUGAAUGCCAACAAGAAAAAGACAAGAGCUGCUGUCCUCACCCAUUUUAUCAAGAUAGCAAAGAAACUGUUUGAGUUGAACAAUCUUCAUUCCUUGAAAGCUGUCAUUUCUGGACUUCAGAGUGCUCCUGUGUACAGACUCAACAAUACUUGGGCGUUAAUUCAGCGCAAAGAUAAAGCCCAGUUUGACAGAUUUGCAGAACUUCUUUCCGAAGAGGAUAACAGGAAACAACUGAGAGACUACUUGGAUUCAGUGAAACUACCCUGUAUUCCAUAUCUUGGCAUGUACCUGACAGAUUUAACUUACAUUGACACUGUACAUCCCAAUACUGGAGGAAUAGAUGAGGCUAGAACUCACAAGAUGAAUGAUGUAAUCAGAUUGAUCUCAGAAUUCCAAAGGUCAACUUAUGAUGACCUUGAGCCAGCAGCCCACAUUCAAACCUAUCUUAAAUCUGUCAACUAUAUCGAUGAGCUGCAGAGGUUUAUGGAGGAUGACAACUACAAGUUGUCUCUUAAAAUUGAGCCUAAAGCAAGUUCAUCAAACCUGAAUGGCAAAGCCUCAUCUCGAUCAAGAGAAAGCAUAAGUGAUAUACCAAGAAACUCUCCGGCCCAUCCAAAGGCAAAAUUCGUUCGAGGACAUAGAAAAGCGCACAGCCUAGGGACUAAUGUGUUCAGUAUUGUUGGAGGAGGUGGUUUAUCGUCAUCAGAGUCUCUUAGCUGUAGUAUAGCAAGCAGCACUGGAUCAAAGAAUCUUCUGGAUGAUAGUGAGCCCUUUGACGAUAGGUCCUCCUUGGGAAACUUGACGUCUUCAGACACAACUUUAGACAGCCGGAGUAUAACUAGUUACAAUGGCAGUGAAGACUACAACCUGUGUCCAUCAAAUCAAGAGUUUUUAAUUGAAAGUUUUGUCAAAAGAAAGAAAUGUCUGAAGAAAGGCAAGAAGAUGACGGUGUCGUCGUGGCAAAAGUUCUGGGCAGGACUUGCCGAAAGCUGGCUUCACCUCUUUCUUCCCCGACAUAGAACCUUCAGGCGGGACAGAGCUGCUUUUAAAGAAAACCCUGACAAAAAGGUGAACAUUUCUGAUUUCUCUGUUGUUUUGCUUGAUGAUCCGCGCCACCCGGAUACUUUCCAACUUACAGAUGACAUAAAAGGAAACUCUUACAAGUUCAAGGUGGGAUCCAAAGCAAAUGCCUUGUUGUGGUACCGUUACUUACAAGGGGCUGCCAAGACUAGACUAGAAUAUAAGGUUCCACAGAAUCUGAUCACCUUCGAGGAAAGUGAAGAGAUUCAAAGCUAACAAAGCUUAUUAAUCAACACUUCGACGCAGUACGAAAGACCAACGGAUUGUCUCCGAGUUUUUCUUGUUGAACAACAGCAAUCAGUAGAAGCAUGAUCCAAGACGGUUAUUAAUGACCAGCCGUGAGCAUCGUGCUGCAUAAGCCAAUCAGAACGGCAGAAAGCAAGUCACGUGGUAACUCCUGACACCCCAAAUAUUAUGAACUUUGUGUGACGUAUCCUUACCAGGGACGAAGCUGACUGCUAUGACUGCAGACUCAGUUGGGAUUACCGUGGUGGUUUUAAUUUUUGAAACUAGAAUAUUUGUGUUUCAAGGCAAAAUAUUUUCAUUAUUGUGUUUUAUACGAGCUAGCUCGCGCAAAGAAUUGGGUGGUCAGACCUAUAGAAAGCGCUAAAUUUUUGUUUUUAUAAUCUACCGUAACUUAAGUAUAGAUUAUUUUAUUUAAUAUAUGAUAAUGUGAAAAUAUCGCUUAAGGACUCACAUUUUAACAUAUUAAGACUGAAGCUAGGUAAUGAUUUUCGUGUUGCCAAAAGCAUUCUGUGUUCAGUCUUUGUAUCAAGUUUUUGUUGAACUGUUUGGCGGAUUUUGUGCGUUAUCGCCUCGAAAGAAGAUUUUUCAGCCUCUACCUCGUAUGCUGUUUCUUAAGAACCCAAAAAAUACCAAUCUUGACAGCUCGCAAUUUCAUGUGUACUAAGUUAAAUAUAACGAGAUACGGCGUCGUUGUUGUGUGAAGCAAGGCAAUUAAGUCGUUAGAGAUUUUUUUAAAAAUGUUUCUUAACAUUCCUAAGAAGUCGAAUCGCUACGGUGGAAGUUAUGAACUGUUGACAUAAGCUUGCUUCAAGUCCAUGACUUCGAAUGAAGUUUUUAUACUAAAUUUUUUAUUUUAUGGAUGGUUAUUGUUCUAAAGUUUUAUCAAGCAAGCAACAGUUUAAUACUUGUGCAAAAAACAUUUUGCUUUUUUUCUCGGACUGGGGACUCUGCAGGCUGCAUUUAUUGUGCAAUGUUAGGUUACAUUUUCUACUCGAGCUAUAAACGCUAUAUUGGGGGACUUCAAUGAAGUUAUUUUGCAAGAAUCUUCUAUAAGCGGAUCACAACGAUUUUUGUUUAUCGGCCAAAUACGAGUAGUUUUAUACGUUAAGUAAGGCUAACUAAAGCAUUAGAGCGGUUUUUUGAUUGAGUGACGUGAAACCCAUGUGAAUUAACUGCCAAUCGCAGCAAAAGUAAAUAUAAAAGAGCCAAUAUAAAGUCCAUACAAGUACACGUGACUGACUUACAGAUGUCUAAGUUUUGCAUCUGAUUGGUAGAGUAUAAAACCAAUCACAGCUGACGGAAGCAAAAUCAUCGAUUGGACGUAAUUUUGGAUUGGUGUCGCACCUCGAUCAAAAAGCCGUCAUAGACAAUCUUCUAGCAUGUUAUUAGCGCUAGAAGACGCGCGCUUCUCCGCACGCGGGAAGAUUUGAGAGGAGUUGGGGUGAAGUUUGCAGGGGGUCUGGCAUCAUCAUCUUUUCAUGCUGCCCAAGGCUUCAUGCCUUCCCGCAGGCGAAGAAGCGCUAGUGCCGUAUCGUUAAUAACAACAAUUUUCAUGAUAGCUGUCAUGAUGGUUUCCGUAGCAUGAUCGGGUCCUCUCAGUCGUGUUCCACGACUUUUCCACUCGUUCCCUUUUGUUGCUAUUACUUUUUAAAUGGUUUUUUAUUUGAGAGCUAGUGACGCAAUAAGUAGAUUUUUACGGGCUUGUCUUCUUUUUAGUGUUUUUUUUUCUUGGCAGACCAAACGGUAAGUUUUUUUUUUUAUGAAUUUAAAUCAUCAUGAAGGCUAUCAUGUGUUGAAAAAACGUUCCUCAACUUUUCGUGAAUGGGAACCAUAAACGAUGAUCUCGUUAUUUAAGUGAAGACUUAUUGACUAAUUUUACUCAAGAUAUUGGGUGAAAAUAAAUAUUUUAAGAAAAUGUCUUAAA